AUGCCUCUUGACGGAACUUUUGGUACGAAAGGCAACGACGGGACUUGGACCGGCAUGCUGGGUUUGGUGAGCAGGGAGGAAGCAGACAUAGCUGUGGGCCCAUUCAGUUUAACAUUCACUCGAUCUGAGGCGGUGGACUUCACAUGGCCAUUGUAUUACGACAACACCAAGAUUUUAGCUGGUUUAGGGAGGCCGGAGGUGAACCCAUGGGGCUUCCUAUUGCCCCUCGCGCCGCUGGUGUGGACGUUUAUCCUGAUAGCACUACUACUGCUGCCUGCAUUGAUGGUGAUGUGUUCUUCAUAUCUCUUUCCCAAGACACACACUCUCUAUGUGUGGCUGACUGACGCUUAUGAGUUCAUUCGCGUAUUAUUACAAGAGUGUAUUUCGAUCCCGAGCGACUGGUGGUGGUGGCAGCGGGUGGUGUUGGCGGUGUGGAUGUUGAUGACGCUGGUGUUAACACGGAGCUAUGCCGGCAACCUCAUGUCCCUCCUGGCCGUGAGACACAUUCCUCAACCUUUCCAGUCUCUCCGGGAAGUUAUUGACGAUCCUUCAACAAUUAUGAUAUGGCAGAAAAAUUCGAUCAAUGCAGAGUAUCUCCGUACAGUGAAAUCUGGCAUUAUCCGUGAAGUGGCGGACUUGGAGGCUGAGGAACGAGUGAUGUACAGCACACACAAGGAGUACAAGAAGGUGGUGAACACAUUGAUAAGGAACGGCCGACACGUCCUCGUCGAUGUUUACAUAAACCUUAGGAAUCUGAUGGCGGAGGACUUCACGACUUCAGAGUCCGGUCUCUUCAUGCAGUGGUUCAGGACAAACAUCCCCAACUCUACAACGUGUCUCAGUCCACCAAAGAAGAUCACCGUCCGUACCUCUCUCUCCUUAGCAAAUUUAUGGGGAAUGUUCGUGGUUCUGGCUGGCGGGUGCGGUCUCAGUCUCCUGGUGCUGUGUGUGGAGAUGCGCUGUUCUCGUAUUCUGUAGUAGUGAGCAUAAAUGUAUAGAGGUUCUAAUUAAGACGGCGAGUUAAAGUUUAACCAGGGUGUUU